AUGUCCACUUUCCUCUUCAUUUUUUUCUGCAACUUUUCCUCUUCAUUUCUAUCAUUUCCACAGGCAUCAAAAUGGGUACUCAGCUCCACAUGUUCUUGUUCCCUUUGAUGGCUAGCGGACACAUGAUUCCCAUGGUCGACAUGGCCAAGUUGCUUGCAGCUCGCGGCGUCAAGGUCACCGUCGUCACGACCCCUCUCAAUUCCAUCGCCAUCUCUAACUCAAUCCACACUUCCAAAUCCCUCUCUGUUUCAAACAUUCAUCUUCUCAUCCUCAAAUUCCCCUCUGCCGAAGUGGGUCUGCCGGAAGGUUGUGAAAAUGGCGACUCUGUUAUCGGUCCCGCCAUAUUACCCAAAUUCAUCUCUGCUUUGAAUUUGCUCCAAACCCCAUUUGAGGAGGCUGUAAUGGAACACCGCCCCCAUUGCAUCGUCGCCGAUAUUUUCUUCCCUUGGGUCAACAAUGUCGCUGCUAAAUUUGGCAUCCCCAAGCUGGGUUUCCAUGGCAUUGGUUUUUUCCCGUUCUGUGCUAUGGAGUUCGUGAGGAUUCACCAGCCUCAUAACCAUGUUUCCUCCGAUACAGAGCCUUUUCUCAUUCCUCAUCUCCCCGGGGAGAUUUCUUUCACGAAAUUGAAACUCCACGAGACCAUGCGAGAGGAUCUCAAAAAUGAUUCGAGCGAUUUUUUGAAAAGGGCUCAAGAGGCAGAGUCCACGUCUUAUGGGGUUGUUAUGAACAGUUUUUACGAGCUGGAGGCAGAGUAUGCUGAUUGCUAUAGGAAUGUGUUGGGAAGAAAGGCGUGGCAUAUUGGUCCACUUUCGUUGUGCAAUCAGGAAACUAAAGAAAAAGCUCAUAGAGGAAAGGAAUCCGCCAUUGAUGAACACGAGUGCUUGAAAUGGCUCGACUCCAAAAAACCCAAUUCGGUUGUGUAUGUGUGUUUUGGAAGUAUGGCGAAAUUCAGCUCCGAUCAGCUGAGGGAGAUUGCAAAUGGGCUUGAAGCUUGUGGGAAAGAUUUCAUAUGGGUUGUCCGGAAAGUGAACGGAGAAGACAAGGAAGAGGAUAAAAAAUGGCUGCCGGAGGGGUUCGAACAGAGGAUGGAAGGAAAAGGGUUGAUUAUAAGAGGAUGGGCGCCGCAAGUUCUGAUAUUGGAUCAUCCGGCGGUGGGUGGAUUCGUGACACACUCCGGGUGGAAUUCGACGCUGGAAGGGGUGGCUGCCGGCGUUCCGAUGGUGACGUGGCCGGUGGCGGGGGAGCAGUUUUACAACGAGAAAUUAGUAACAGAGGUGUUGAAAAUUGGAGUGGCUGUUGGGACUCAGAAAUGGGUGAGAAUUGUGGGAGAUUUCGUUAAUGGAGAAUCUGUGGAGAAGGCGAUAAGGAGAGUAAUGGAGGGGGAAGAAGCAGAGGAGAUGAGAAACAGAGCUAAAGAACUGGGAGAGAUGGCUAAGAGAGCCGUUGCUGAAAAUGGAUCGUCGUAUUUCGAUGUAGAUGCUUUGAUUAAGGAAUUGAAAUCAUUGGCGGUUUGAACUUCACUCUGCUUGUUCAUUGGAGUUCCAAAGGCUUUAAAUUUUCUAUUUUAAAUAAAGAAUAAAAAGAAAAAAAAUGUAAUAGUUUCAGUGCGCAUUUAAUAUUAUAAAUUAUCUUAUUAAAAGCAGGAGUGUAAUAGAAGAGGUGACAAACUUAAAGAUAUUCACACCAGAUGAAGCUUAGAGGAAGAUGUGGUCAAAAAAGAAGCAGAGAUGUUAGCAUGUCAUUAGAUUUAGUUAUAGAUCGAUUAUGACAACCACUUCACUUCAACGCAUUAUGAGGAUAACAAAUAAACUUUGGGUUCAAGUAGCA